AUGACCAGUGCCAUUGUAAUUGCCGGGGUUCGCAGCGGGGUGGGAAAGACUACCAUUGCUACCGGCAUCAUGGGAGCGCUGACCCGCCGUGGCCAUAGGGUCCAGCCCUUCAAGGCCGGCCCGGACUACAUUGACCCGUCCUACCAUCAGUUGGCCUGCGGCGUGCCCUCCCGCAACCUUGAUACCUGGCUUCUGCCCCAUCCUACUGUUACCGAGCUUUUUCGCCGCGCCAGCGGAGCCGACAAAGUCUGCGUGGUGGAAGGAGUAAUGGGGGUCUACGACGGUCAUUCCAGCCUGACCGAAGAAGGAUCCACCGCCCAACUGGCCAAGCUGCUGGAUGCGCCGGUGAUUCUGGUCGCCGAUGCCGCCAAGGUGGCCCGCAGCGUUGCCGCCGAGGUGUUGGGGUACCAGCAAUUCGACCCGGAUCUCCGCAUUGCCGGAGUCAUAUUGAACGGAGUUGGGGGUCCCCGCCACCUGGAGUUCUGCCAGCCGCAGAUUGAGGAGACCACCGGACUGCCAGUGCUGGGCUACCUGCCACGGCGGGAGCAGUUUGUUCAACCGGAACGCCACCUGGGGCUGAUACCGACCGUGGAAGGCACCGUGGUACAGGAAUGGUACGACGCCCUGAUUGCCCAGGUUGAAGAAACAAUUGACCUGGACGCCGUCCUGAGGCUGGCCGACACCGCCAAUCCACCGGAAGGCGCUCCGCAGGUAUAUCCGGCUGAACCCCAGCCCAGGCGUGCCCGCAUUGCCAUAGCCCAGGACAAGGCCUUCAGUUUCUAUUACCAGGAUUCUCUGGACCUGCUUGAGGCUUGGGGAGCCGAAUUGGUGCCCUUCAGUCCUUUGGCGGAUGAGUCACUGCCUCCGCAGGUGGGAGGUGUUUACAUCGGUGGUGGCUUCCCUGAGAUGUUCGCCCGUGAGUUGGCCGAGAAUCGCCCCAUGCUGGAGUCCGUCCGGCAGGCGUUGGCCCGUGACUUGCCCGUCUAUGCCGAGUGCGGUGGGCUGAUGUACCUGGGGCAAAGUCUUUCAGACCUGGAGGGAGCCGACUUUCCCAUGGUGGGGGCCAUUCCAGUGGUCUCAUCCAUGUCCAACAGUCGAUUGACGCUGGGCUACCGUGAGGUUGAGGCCUGCGCCGACACGCCCCUGCUGGAAAGCGGGCAACGGAUUCGGGGCCACGAAUUUCACUGGUCCGUGCUGGAAGAAACGCCCGACCCCGGUCAGGCCGUUUACCGCGUGGUGGACCAGGAAAACAGGCUGGAGGGGUUCCGCAUAGGCAGCAUUUGGGCCUCGUACAUACACAUACAUUUGGGAAGCGCGCCGGGUCUGGCCCGCCGGUUUGUUGAUUCCUGCGUGUUAGAAUAG